AUGUUGCUGCGUGCCCGGAUCCUGCUGCUGGCCCUGGCUGUGGCACCCUAUGGAGCGCUGGCUGUCCGGGAAGCCGAGGCGAUGCUGGGCCCGCGGGACCUGCGUGUGAGCGAGCGGGGCCACGGCUCCCUGCGGCUCAGCUGGACCCCCCCACCGGGCACCGUGACGGGGUAUCUGCUCCACGUGCAGCCCCUGCUGCCCUCGGGGCAGCCACAGCCAGCAGAGCAGCGGCAGCUGGCGGUGGGCGGUGACACCGACACGCUGCUGGUGACAGACCUGCGGCCCAGCACCGAGUACGUCCUCACCCUCAGGGCCACCCACGGGGACGCCCUCGGACAACCCGCGGCUGCCACCGGCAAAACCACUCCCAUCCCUCCCGUCACCAACUUCCGGGUGGUGGAAGAAGGACCCUUCAGCCUGAAGGUGGCCUGGACCCCUCCCCCAGGCAAACUGGAGGGCUACAAGAUCUACAUCCCCAGGGCCUCCAGGCCGGGCGUGGCCCACGAGCAGGUCCUGCGGGGCGACGUCUCCUCCCACGUGCUGGCCAACCUGCAGGAGGAUCGGCAGUACAACGUCAUCCUCUACGCCGUGCACCCCCAGGGGCCCAGCCAGCCCGUGGCUGCCCUGGGGAGGACGUUGAAGGUGCUGGCCGUGGAAAAGCUGGUGCUGCAGAACGAAACCACGGACACGCUGCGGGCCACGUGGAGCGCCGUGCGGGGAGCCACGGGAUACCGGCUCACCUGGACAUCUGCAGAGGGCACCAUCCAGGACGUGACCCUGAGCAGCAGCUACAGCCACUACCUGAUCCAGGGGCUGCAUCCCGGCGUGGAAUACACGGUCACCAUCAACCCCAUCUUCGGGAAUGUCGAGGGGCCCGUGCUGAGCGGGAAAGCCACGACAGUGGCCUCGAGCACUGUGCAGGUGCUGAAAGUGAGUGAGGUUUCCAUCAACAGCCUCCUGGUCUCCUGGGAUCCAGUUGCCGGAGCCACCGGUUACAGAGUGGCUUGGGGUCCUACACCAGAGUUCCUCGGCAAGGCCCGUCCCCGCCACGUGUCCCUGGGCCGGCGGGUGACGUGGCAGCGUCUCCGUGCGCUGGCGCCCGGCAGCGAUUACGUCAUCUCCGUGUCCGUGCUCUUCGGAGCCGCCGAGGGCCCCGCCGUCACCACCUCGGCCAGGACCGCUCCCCUCGGCUCCGUCCCCGAUUUCAGGGUGACGUCACACACCAGCACCAGCCUGUCCUUGGCCUGGAGUGCCACCACAGCUGCCACCAAAUUCCGACUCACCUGGAGCCCCCUGGGAGCAGGAAAAGGAAAGCAGAUUGCCAAGAGCCAGCUCCUGGGCAGCAGAACGUUGGCCCAUCGGAUCGACCGCUUGGAACCCGACACGCCCUACAGGCUCGGAAUUCGGGCUGUUUUUGGCCGGACUGAGGGGCCAGAGGUGACCCUGACUCACCACACAGCGUCUCCUGCAGAUCCCAAGCCCAGCCAGCCCGUCCAGGACCUGAGGGUCACUGCCACUGCUGGGAACACUUUGGAGCUCUCCUGGAAGAGGCUUCCCGGGAUAACUCACUAUAAGAUCUCCUGGGGCCCAUCCAGGGGUGGCUUGGAAAGCUCCCAGCUGGUUGGGGCAGAGGCAGAUUCCUUCACCAUCCCCAGGCUGAGGGAAGGCACCUCCUACACCAUCCACGUGUCUGGAAUGGUCAGAGGGCAGGAGGGACCCCCCGUGGUGCUGACAGCCCGAACCUUGGAUUUCCCCAAAAUCUCCGAGUUCACAGUGCAGGAGGCCACGGCCACCACUGUCCUGCUGUCCUGGGGGGCUGUUCCUGGAGCAUCCACCUACAAAUUGACGUGGCAGUUGACCUCAGCUCCUGCUGUUUCCCAGGAGGUGCUCCCGGCAGCUUCCAGCUCGUUCCGGGUGUCAGGACUGAGCGCCGGGAGAACGUAUCAAUUCUCCAUCAAACCCAUCUUUGGGGACGUGGAGGGACCAGAGACAACUCUGCUGGGGCAAACAGUGGCACCUCCUGGAGAGUCACCGAGCGCUCCUACAGGGCUGGCUAUGAGGAGGACCCUCCCCACACCUCCCAGCAGCGUGGGGGUCACUCCUCUCCCAGUGGGCACCACCACAAAGCCCCCACCGAGCCCGGAGGUCCCCUCGGCCACCAGCGCCGUGUCCCCUCCACCGACCACUCCCCCCGGGCCUGUCUGUGGGAAGCUCAGAGCAGACAUCGCGUUCCUGGUGGACGAGUCCUCGAGUAUAGGCCAGAGCAACUUCAACAAGGUGAAGGAUUUCCUGUUCCGGAUCGUCUCCUACUUCCCAAAGAUUGGCCCUGAGGGGACACAGGUGGCUGUUGCCCAGUUCAGCGAGGAGCCCCGGGCAGUUUUCCACUUCCACCAGCACCGGGACCGCAACGGCGCCCUGAGGGCCAUCAGAGGGCUGAGCUACAGCGGAGGCAACACCAGAACAGGUCGGGCCAUCUCCUUCGUGCUGAAGGAGCUUUUCCAGCCCUCCAGAGGGAUGAGGCCCCAUCUCCCUCGGCUGCUGCUGCUGCUGACGGAUGGACCCUCCCAGGACGACGUGGGGCCACCAGCCAGGGCAGCCCAUGCUUUGGGGAUCCCCAUCCUGUCAGUGGGGGUGUCUGGGGCUGACCCCCUGCAGCUCAGCAGGAUCUCCCCACGGCAGAACCUCCAGUUCUACGUCAGCACCUUCGAGGACCUUCCCCAGCUCCUGCAGGAGCUCAUCGAGGCCCUUUGCUCUGCCCCUGCCCAGGUUGCCAAAAACGAGGCCACCCAGCCCUUUGGCGACACAGAGAUGGAGCCACAAGGCCCUGAUCCAUCCCCAGCCCAACCACAGGUCCAAGAAGAACAGAAGCCUUGUGGUCCCUGGUGUUCCAAGAGCUCUGGGACUUCAGCAGCUCCCAGAGGGUGGGACCCAAACAGCUCCCCCACCAAGGGUGAGAAAGGCGAGAGGGGGCUCCCUGGGAAGGAUGGAAUUCCGGGGCUGCCGGGCCGGCCAGGCCGGGCGGGUCCUCCUGGUCCUCCUGGACUCACGGGUCUCCCUGGCAUCCAAGGGGAUGUUGGACCUCCCGGCUCUCCAGGACCAGCAGGGCCAAAAGGAGACAGAGGAGAGCCAGGAUAUGUCCUGGGAGGAGUGGAGGUGAUUCCUGGCCGGAAUGGGCAGCCUGGCCCUGCUGGCCCCAAAGGGCAGCCAGGGGUUCCUGGGGCAGCAGGACCACCGGGAUCGCCGGGACCACCGGGAAUCUCCAUCAAGGGGGAACCAGGGGAUCCAGGCACCAGGGGCCCUCGUGGGAGGAGCGGCCUCAAGGGGGACAGAGGAGCUCCAGGAGAGCCGGGAGCGGCAGGAACUGGAAUUCCGGGUCCCAAGGGGGAAGAAGGAGAGCAGGGCGCGACGGGACCUCCGGGAGCGCCAGGACCAAAGGGAAUUCCGGGAGCUCCGGGGCAGAAGGGAGAGCAAGUUUUGGGACCUCCAGGCAAGAAAGGCGUCAAGGGAGACUCCGGAGCAGCCGGAGCGCCGGGAGAGCCGGGAAUGCCGGGAAUGCCGGGCCACAAAGGGGACAAGGGAAGUCCAGGAUUCGGCAUUCCUGGUCAGCCGGGGCCGAAGGGAGACACGGGAGACAGGGGAAAUGUGGGUUUGUCUGGAAAACCCGGGCAGAAGGGGGACGCUGGGCCCAAGGGAGAGAAAGGGGAGCCGGGAGCGCCCGGGAAAGCGGGAGAGGCCGGACUGAGGGGCAAAGAUGGAGAAGCUGGAAAACCAGGAGUGAGGGGAAUCAGGGGCCCUCCUGGAUUCCCGGGACGAGCUGGAGAGCGAGGGAUGAAAGGAGAUCCAGGACAACCUGGAAAGGAUGGGGAUCGUGGGAAUGACGGAUCAAGAGGUGAAAGAGGCCCCCCAGGCCCCAAGGGAGAACCUGGACCACCAGGCAGAGGAGUGGAAAUGAAGGACCUGGAGAGGCUCUUGGAAGGCCACGGGAUCAAGCUGGCCCUGUUGAGGGAACUGUGCCAGGAGCUCCAGCGGCGCGGCCUGGCCGGGCUGGGGUGGCAGCCGGGGACGAGUCACAGCUCUGGGGACAAUCAUGUGGAUCUCCCGGUGCUGGAUCCUUCUCCUGGUGUCCUGGCCAGCCCUGAGGGGACAGGAGAAGGCCAGAGCCUGGAGCUGGAGUCUCUGGAAUCACCAGGAUCUGGAGGACUCCCCAGGGGCUCGGCUGUGCUCCCGACAUUCCCGGAGGAGGAGCUGCCAGGAAACCACUCCAUGGAGAUUCCUGAGGACUGGGAGGAGCCACAGCUGGACACCAACCAGGGAGAAAUGGGAGCUCCUGGAAUGCGGGGAGACAAAGGAGAGAAGGGCCAGCCUGGAGAGGUGGGAGAAGCCGGAUUGAAGGGCUCCAGAGGGGACCGAGGGGAAGGAGGUCGGAAGGGAGAACCAGGAAUUGGGUUCAGAGGUCCUGUAGGUCAGGCUGGACCACCUGGAUUUAAGGGCGAGCCGGGAGCGCCGGGACACCCAGGAGCUCAGGGCAUCCAGGGCAUCCGUGGCACCGUCGGAAUUCCCGGAUCCCAGGGGGACAGGGGGGCUCCAGGAUUGCCUGGAAUGCCGGGACAGAAGGGGGAACGUGGCAGGAGAGGCCGGACCGGAGCCACGGGGCCCGUGGGAGCGUCUGGAGCGCCGGGAAAAGAGGGAGGGAAAGGAGACGCUGGAUCCAAGGGAAUGAUGGGACCCUUUGGAGCCAGAGGACCCGUGGGACAGAAGGGAGAACCGGGGGAGCCGAGUUCGCCGGGCCCUGCCGGGGCAGCAGGUCUGGAUGGGAAGGAUGGGAACAAGGGAGCCAAAGGUGACAGAGGCCUCCAGGGGCUGAUGGGGAAGCCGGGAUGGAAAGGUGAUCGUGGGACCACCGGAGACCCCGGGCAGAAAGGAGCAAAGGGAUUCCAAGGAUUCCCGGGGCGCGCCGGCGCUCCUGGAGCCAAAGGCACCAAGGGAGAAAUGGGAAGUCCUGGAAAACGGGGGAUCCCGGGAUCCGACGGACAGCACGGACCGAAGGGGGAUCAGGGAGCAGCAGGGAAGGAUGGAGCCUCGGGAAUUCCUGGGGAGAAAGGAGAGAAGGGAGCCAAAGGAGUUCCUGGGCUGGGAGGCUUCAAGGGGCAGAUGGGAUGGCCUGGGAAGGCUGGAAUGGCCGGAGCAGAUGGACCUCGAGGGCCCCAGGGAGAGCCGGGACCGCAGGGUCCUCCAGGGAAAAGAGGGAAGUGCCAGCUCUGCCUCAGGGGCCCCCCAGGCACGGAGGGACCGAAAGGAGCCACGGGUGAAAACGGCCCGGCCGGAAGGAAAGGAGAGAAGGGACAUCCCGGGCUCUCGGAGGAAGAGGUGAGGGAGGUGGUGAGGAGCGAGCUGAGAGGCAGAUGUGAUGGUGGAGCUGAGAUGGGAAUGGUGCUCCUGGAAAAGGGUAAGGCUGCUGAAAUCCAUGGGAAUGCACAGGAAUUCAGAUCACCCACCUCCUGCCUGCAGCCCAUGGAUGAGGGACCCUGCCAGGAUUAUUCCCUGCUCUGGUACUUCCACCCCGGGGCCAAAACCUGCCGGCCCUUCGUUUUUGGGGGGUGCGGCGGGAACGGGAACCGCUUCCCAUCCCGGCGGGAAUGCGAGAGGAGCUGCGGAGCCCCGGCAGAGGCUGAGGAUACAAAGGAUCCCUGGGAACAGGAGCCGCUCCAAGGAACCCGCGGGGAAUUCCCAGCCUCCUGCCUGCAGCCCAUGGAUGAGGGACCCUGCCAGGAUUAUUCCCUGCUCUGGUACUUCCACCCCGAGGCCAAAACCUGCCGGCCCUUCGUUUUUGGGGGGUGCGGCGGGAACGGGAACCGCUUCCCAUCCCGGCGGGAAUGCGAGAGGAGCUGCGGAGCCCCGGCAGAUCCUGACAAAGGAUACAGUGGAAAUGGUCUCUCGAAGCACCCAAAAGCCAGGGAAAUCACUGAGUUACAGAAGAACUGGAACAUUGAAAAUAAACCCCACAUCUGCAACUCGGUGUGCUGA